UAUCAGGUGAAAGGAGACAAAAUGCAAAGUGUGGAAGACUCGCGCGCCAGUAGCAGAGGGCACUUUAGGAGCGCGCGUGCAUUCAGUAAUGUGACACCGCCAGUGCUGAAAAUGAGUCAGCGCCUUUCAGGCCUCGCUGUCUGCGGUGUGGGUGUGUGUGUGAGAGAGAUUCCUCCGGACCCCACCCUUCUUCCACAGUUCCAGGAAAAAAAAAAAAAAAAAAAAAAAACUUUUCACAGCUGCCCACUUCUGCCUUCUCUGAAUAACAACAGCGGGAACAUAAGACACACACUAAAACUUGGAGCACAGUAUUAAAGAGUUUAAGGCUUUGUGAGUGACAGCGGGAGGAUAUCGCUCUUCUUCUCUCUGGGACUGAGAACCACCGACGAGGUUGACGUCUCGUAAUUUGGCAUCAUGUCACACUACCCUCCAGGGUACGACGAAUCUCAUGGCCCUCUGUAUGGACCUCAGGGUGGGAACUACCCACCACCCCCUCCGUAUGGAUUCCCGUCAUAUGGUAGUUCACAGCCAGGCUAUCCCUCUGCUCCAUACCCUCCUGGUCCAAAUGCCCCUCUGUACCCAGGCCAGCCAGCUGGCUACCCUCCAGGCCCUUAUCCAGGGCAGCCUCAGCCUGCUGGACAUCCAGGAUCUGGCUACCCCAAUCCUCCUCCCAUGCCUCCUGUCGUUCCACCUACAAUACCGUCAGAUGUCCUGAGCUCUGGUGAUGAGUUUGCGGCAAGUGGCAGCGGUUGGGACAGUCUGAGCAUUCGGCAUACCUUCAUCAGAAAGGUGUAUUUGAUCUUGGCGUGUCAGCUCCUGGUCACCACAGCCAUUGUGGCCAUAUUCACGUUUGUCCAACCUGUCAAAUCUUUUGUAAGGAAAACCCCAGCUGUGUACUGGGCAUCAUAUGCAGUGUAUUUCAUCACCCACAUCGUGCUGGUCUGCUGCAAAGGCCCCCGGAGGAAGUUCCCAUGGAACAUGAUUCUGCUCGGCCUCUUUACUCUGUCUUUGUCGUAUAUGACUGGAACCAUAUCCAGUUACUAUGACACAAAAGCAGUGUUUCUUGCGCUGGGAAUCACAGCUGUCGUCUGCAUCGCCGUCACAGUGUUCUGCUUCCAGACGAAGGUCGACUUCACCAAGUGCCAGGGUCUUUUCUGCGUCCUCGGCAUUGUCGUGUUCGUGACUGGCAUCAUUACAGCCAUUGUGCUGUCCUUCAAAUACAUAUUUUGGCUUCACAUGCUUUAUGCAGCUAUAGGAGCGAUAGUUUUCACUCUGUUCCUGGCAUAUCACACUCAGCUACUGAUUGGAAACAGAAAGCACUCCAUUAGUCCAGAGGAGUACGUGUUCGCCGCACUCUCCAUCUACGUCGAUAUAAUCCAGAUCUUCCUUUUCCUUUUGCAAAUUAUUGGUGCUUCCACCAAAUAAAAAUCCAGGGGCACAAUGUUGGUUGGGUACCGAGAAGCCUCAACCAGUAAAACCAUUCCAUGCUUUUGAGAAGCUUUUACUUUUUCAAUAGACAUGAGAACAGAUUUUUAAAACCACGGCGCUCUUCAGGGAAAAUGUCUAAGGGCUGAAUAGGAGAUUUUACAUAGUAGAUUAAACCUAAACUGCUGCUCAAAUGUUUGGGGUCACGCUGAUACACUCUUUUUAUUGAAAUUAUGUGAGAUUAUGUAAAUUUAUGGUUUGUUUGUUUUUUUAUAAGAACACAGGGGUCUAUUUUCAGCAUCAUCCCUCCUGUAUUCCUGAAGUGUCUUGUGUUACUUAAUGCGGGUUUAUCAUGUGACCAGGCUUAUUGAUCCAUAGGGAAAAAACAUCCAAACACAGCUGAAAGCUGAUAAAAGGAGCGGUCUAGUAUAGUCAAGAAAUUGUCAAAAAAAACAAAAAAGCUUUUUUCUAAACUGAGUGUUUCAAAUGUUUGAAGGGUGUUAUAGGCAAGAAAUUAAUACUUAGGAUAGAAAGGUGUGUACUACUCCCUCCACAGAACAGCACAAACUGGGUCUAAGCAUUUUACAAACAAGCAAGAGGUGAACCUACUGAGCUAAAGUUAAGCUUCCAUUUUUUGCCAUGAGUUAUUAGAACAAGAACAGCCAAUGUCACAAGUGUGAUUAUCAUGCCAUUAAGUUUUUAAUGGCAUGAUAAUCACGCCUCAUGCUUCACUCAGCUAAGUAAAUGAUCAGCUUCUUGAAUCUGUUCACAUCCUUUCAGCACAGGUCAGUCUUUUUACAUGAGAAACUUGCAUUUAAGUAACAUAGUGUGCCACUGCAGCAUAAGAGUGAUGAUUGAAAGUGGUCUUCUGUGGUCAUGAUACAAUCUUCCCCCAUAUAUAUUCAUGGGGAGCUGUUAAAGCAUGCUAGUCCACAGAAAGCUAAUGUUUAAAUGUUCAGUUAAGUGGAUGACUCUACAAUAAUACCAUUUAUUCUCUUGUUCUAUGAUCCAGCCAUUAAAACUGAUCAGAGUUGUGGUAAAAAAAUCAAUGAUUUUUUUUUUUUUUUGUUUUCGUCCCUUGAACAGAAAAAAUAUAGGCGUGAACUGAACCAUUGUUUCAUUCUGUUACACUAAGGAGACCUCUUAUUAAAAAUUAUGAAUAAUUCCAUUUAUCUUUGUUUUUAUAACAUCUCCUCACACCUUGUUAAGUGUUUUGCACAGAAAAACACUUAACAAGGACAUUUCAAAGUGACCCUCAAAAAUUCUGAGCGAUAGUUUACAUCCCAAAAAAAGCACUUUGUAAGAAAUCUAUAUUUGUUUUUAUAUACUUUAAGCAGCUUGUCGGUGGUUAUGAUGAAUACUAUUACCUAACUAUCUAAAGACACUGGAAUGCCAUCUGCAACAUUUAUUCCAUAUUACUGGACUUAAAGCAGAAAGUGUCUGAUCUCUUUUCUGUGUAUGAACAUGUACAGCUACAAAUGAAUUCUCCCAUGUGUCUAUAUGCUACAAGAGCAAGGCAAGUCCUAAAGUGUAACUUUCUGAGAUUGAUUAUGAAGUACAGUAGGGGUGGGCCUCGCCGCAACAUUUGAUCUCAGUUACUCAAGUAUGAGCAGAGUCAGUGUUUAGGGACACGUCCACCCCUGAAGCACAGCUCAGUGCCACUAAUGGCAGCCACGGCUCUGCUAUAUUACUUUAUCUGAAUAAAGUAAUAUAGGUCACUUUAUUUGAAUUGUACUCCUUUAUAUCACUUCAGUGCCUUCACCGUGUCAAUGUCUGUUAUUUUUUUAACUUUACAGAAUACAGGGUUAUAAUAUGUUUUAUAGAGUUGUUAUAUGUGCGCCUGUAAAUAUAGUUGUGAGUUACUCAGAUGUGGGUCAGACAGCGAGGGCCGGCAGGGCAGGAUUUUUCCACACGGGACAGCAUUAUCGGUGCCAUGUUGUUAAAGUACUGGAACAUUUCUGAACUCCAGUUUAACUGUCCAAACAUCCCUCCUGAGAUGAUCAGCUCAGUCCAUCAAUGACAAAUUUAGAGCACAGCUUAAAGUUUAUAAAAGCCUCACUCAAAUCAACAGAGGCAGACAUGUUUACUGUACACCACAGACGGUUAGUGUGGAAGAGGGGGUUGUAAAUAUACAUAUCAAUGCUACAGAAAAUCUAUUUGCUUAUCAUUAUAAAUAAAGUUUUCUUUUAGUCUUAA